UCCAUCUCUCCCUGCAGGUGCCUGUGUCUGUCUCUCCCUUGAGGCGCCCGUCUCUCCCUGCAGUCACCCCAGGAGGGGCUUGUGCCCAUCUCCCCCACCAUCUGGUGUCCCCUGCCACCCCCCAACCAUGGCCUUUGGAGACCUCCUGGAGAAGGUGGGCAGUGCAGGUCCCUUCCAGCUCCUCUGUGUCCUGCUGCUCACUGCGCCUGCCCUCCUCAUUGCCAGCCACAACCUGGUGCAGAACUUCAGUGCCAUCUCCCCUGAGCACCAGUGCCGCCCCCCGCCACCAGGCACCAACGCCAGCUGGGUGGGCAACAGCACGGCAGCUCAUGGGGGGCUCUCCCUGGCCCCGAGCCCAGAGCGGUGCUGUCACUUGGCAGGCACCCAUGGGCAGCGUCCAAGACCCAACGGUUCGCUGGGCAGGGAAGGCGAGACAGAGCCCUGCCGGGACGGGUGGUACUACGACUGCAGCACCUUCUCCUCCACCAUCGUCACUGAGUGGGAUCUGGUGUGUGACCUGGGCCCCCUCCCGGCGCUGGCGCAGAUGCUGUUCAUGGCAGGGGUGCUGCUUGGAGCCCUCCUUUUCGGAGUCUUCUCAGACAGGUUUGGGCGGCGGGUCAUCCUGCUGUGUUCUCUGCUGUUGGUGGCUGUCAUGGGAACCGGGGCUGCCUUAUCCUCAGACUUCCUCACCUACUGCGCCUUCCGCCUGCUGAGCGGGGUCGGUCUGUCUGGCUUCCUCCUCAGCUACAUCUGCCUCGGUCUGGAAUGGGUCCCCACCAAGUCCCGCGCCCUGGUGGUGACAUGGCUGAGUUACUGCAGCACGGCAGGUCAGGUGGUGCUGGCUGGCCUGGCCUACAGCAUCCGGGACUGGCGCUGGCUGCAGCUGGCCAUUUCUACCCCCUUCUUCAUCUUCUUCCUCUGUGCCUGGUGGAUCCCGGAGUCCGCACGCUGGCUCAUUGUCAACCACAGGCCUGCAACGGCGCUGAGCAACCUGCAACGGGUGGCCCGGAUCAACCGGAAGCAGCUGGGUGGGGACAGCAUCUCCCUGGAAAUGGUGGAGAAGGUGGGGGGCAGCCUCCCUGGGAAAAGGACAUGCUCCUGCCUGGGCCUCUUCCACACGCCGGCCAUGAGACGCAUCUCCUGCUGCCUCAUGAGUGUCAGCUUUUCCACCAACCUGGCCUACUUCGGGCUCUCCAUGGACCUGCCGGCUUUUGGCCUGGACAUCUUCCUGGUGCAGACAUUCUUUGGGGCCAUUGACAUCCUGGCCAAGAUGGCCUGUACCCUGGCGCUGAGCUACUUUGGGCGCCGAGCCAUCCAGGCCAGCUCCCUCAUCCUGGCCGGAGUCUUUCUCCUGGGGAACAUCCCUGUGCCCAGAGAGAUGCUGAUGGUGCGACUGGCUCUGGUGGUGCUGGGAAAAGGGUGCCUGGCUGCCUCCUCUGUCUGCUCCUGCCUGUAUGGGGGAGAGCUCUUCCCAACCUCUGUCAGGCAGACAGGCACUGGCUUCACCACCGUGAUGGCUCGUCUGGGCGGCAUGGUGGCCCCGGCGGUGCUGGUGGCCGGGCAGCAAUUUCCCUUCCUGCCGCUGGUGAUAUUUGGGGUGGCUCCCGUCGUGUCCGGCAUCGCGGCCUGCUUCCUGCCAGAGAUGCACAAUGUCCCCCUGCUGGACACCAUAGAAGAGGUGGAGGACAGAGCCAGGAGGAAAGGCGAGGAGACGCCCGCCGGGGAGACUGUGGCUCACAUUGUCCACUCAACCAGGAUCUGAGCAGCCUUCCCGGCCACCCAAAGCCCCCAGUCCUGGCCCCCGCAAUGCACAGGUGCAGGCUGCACCAAAAGGCCCACGUGAAGGGAGGAACCACCUGCUGUUCCCUUUGCAACUUAGGAAUCAGCCUCCUUAAAGAGACAGGGCAAAUGGGGGGUGGGGGAUUCUGAGUUGUGUCACUGAGCUGCCCCACGGGGGGGGGGCCUUACGCCUCACAUGCAGGGAGCCUGUGGGGCGUGGACAGAGCAGGGAGACACCUCCCCAAACAACUUUGCCAGGUGUGAUGGUACCUGCUCCCCUUGCUGGUGUAUAUUGGCCUGACACCCGCUCCUCCCUCCGGUCCGGCAGGGCUGUCACUGGCCCAGGCUGUCACUGGCUCCCCCAGAUUUUGUGUAUUGGCCUAAUACUCGCUCCUUCCUUCGGCCUGGUCGGGCUGUGAACUGGCUCCUCCUGGUGAUGCAUCUUGGCCUGACACCCACCCCUCUACAGCAUCUGUGGCCCAUUCAUGAGAUGUUUCAGAGUAACAGCCGUGUUAGUCUGUAUUGGUUAGUCUCUAAGGUGCCACAAGUACUCCUUUUCUAUUCAUGAGAUGCCGGUUUCUGUCCUGCUGCGAGCUGAGACCCAGCCAACAGAUUUCAUAGCUGCUGAUGAGCCACUACCAAGCUGAGCAUGGAUUGGAUCCUGUGGCUGAACUGACGCUCUGAUGCUCUUGGGGAAAAUUGAGCAGACUGGGGAGAAGGGCCUGGGGGCUCUGAAGGUGUCGAUGGCUCCACGUUAGGUGCUGGGGGCACCUAGGUAGCUCAGCUAGGCUGUACAGGAGGCGGGGCAGUUGGAUCCAAUCUGUAACAUUCACCAGUGGGGCUGGAGUUUGGAGUGACCCCUCUGGGUGGGGAACGAGCCUCCAGGCAGCAGGGACAGGAUGUGUGUGUGUGGGGGGGGGGUGCCUAGGUGAGAUUUCCUGCACUCGUUCCUGUGGUCUUCUGUACAUUUUUGUAAAUAAACCAGCCACACUAAAAAAUUCCCCUUGCUCCAUGUCCCUGAUCCCUGCACACCAACCACCCCACAGAGUCAGGGCUGGAGCUCCUCUGGAAACAGGGGUGGGGGGCAUGUUUCUCUCUCCAGAAAAUGUUGAUAUUUUCGGCAAAAAUCUAAGUAUUUUGAUUCUGAAAUGCCACUGCAGUGCCUCGUGGAAGAUAUAGUUUGGUAGCCUCCUGCUCCUGUCUUCUCUGUGAGAUGGGUGCCCUGAUAACUACAUCUCCCAUGAUGCACCAUGGUCUCCCCUCUUGUAGAUGGGAACGGAAUGCAUCUUGGGAAUCCCUGACUGGUGCAUCAUGGGAAAUGUAGUUUGAGUGCCUCAUUCUCCUCUAGGCUGGGCUCCCUGGGUAGACUGCAUUUUCCCAUGAUUCACCAUACUCUCCCCACAUGGGGGUGUGGGGGUCAGAGCCAGGCAGGCUCCUGCAGGGGUGCUGGGAACCAUGUGCAUAACAGUUUCCACACCUAAAGAAGCUAUGUCAAGUGAUGGCUACUAGCAGAAGAGGGAGGGGUGUCUGGUGAUAUGAGCACCCCCGUGUUACCCCUGUGCUGUGGUAGGAGACCCUAGGGGGAAGACUGGAGGGGACAAUCUAGCCCUGGAUACCAGGUGAGUCUCCUGUUCUGAUCAUCCCAGACAGUAAUCACCCAUCUAUGUGGAGUAGCAGGGCUGCCGAGAGGGGCGCUCCAGUGGUGGAUGGGUGUAGAGCUAGGGAGGGGUAGAUUGGGGGGCACCCCAGGGAUGGGUGGGUGGAGGGGCAGAGAGGGGUGCCCCAGUGGCUGGGGUGGGGCAGAGAAGAGGGAUGUGCAGUGAUAGAUCAACAGACCCACAGUUUAGGCUGCAGGGGAAGAUGAGAAGUGCAUGUGGGUCUUAUCCAGGGUGAUUUCAGAUGAUCUCCCAAGUUUUCUAUUGGGCUGGCCCUGAACUGGAAGAUCUCCUUGGGCUGGUGCCUGCAGGGGCAUUCCUGGCCCAGAUCCCUCCUGGGGGAAUCGGAGGGGCCCCCGCCCGCAGAGAUACUGCACUACCCCCCCCACACACACUCACACACACCCAGGGCUGCCAUCUGGAGAAAUGAUGUGGCCAGCUGAGAGCUGUAGAUGCAAAGCAGAGCAGAGCCCCGACAGAAGUGAAGUAGCGGUGGCCUGCCACACAGGAACAGAGCUCCAAGCUGCUCGGCAGCAUGCGGGCUGGCCGAUAGGGCAAUGACUUGAACAAAAGGGGCCACUGAUGUGGGGUGCCCAAUGUGACACCCUGGCACCCCAAUAUUCACCACUGUCAUGUAAUUAGGAUAUGUUUUGUACAAAGUAAGCCUUGUGAGGUAUCGUUCUAAAAGUCUUGAUCCAUUAGACAGUAAUAUCUCAUCAGAUUGUAUGUGCUAUUGUCGUAUGUGAAGUUCUAAAGCUUGGUUAUGUAUGUGUUACUGAAACAUGUCGUGAGGUUGAAAACACCCACAAGCAGCCUUUCAGGUACAACAGUAAAAAGGCCAAACAAUGUUAAUGGCUUAUUGAGGAAAUACACACAAGCACAAGGAUUACCCCAGGAACUGUGUACAAUAGAAACUUCUCAGAGAUAGCACUACACGAUGGGAACGGUUUGACCCAGGUCACAGCAAAAGAGCUUUCCAGUAAGUGGGAAGGAAGUAUAAAAGGGGGGAAAUGACAUUAUGGGGGGACCUCACUCUCCCUACAACACCACACCUGGAAACACCUGAGGAACAAAGACUGAACUGUGGGAAGUGAUGGGCACAGGCUAGAAGGAUUUUUAGUCUGUGUAUGAAAUCCUGGGAAAGCCAAAACAACUUGUGCCUGAAGAAUCUGCCAGCCUGUUUAUCACUCAGGGUAAGAAUUUGCUAAUUUAUAUCCUCCCUAUCUAGUGUGUUAAGCUCAGUUUGCGUUUUUUGUUUAUUUACUAAGGUAAUCUGCUUUGUUCUGUUUGUUAUCCCUUAUUGUCACUUAAAAUUUACCUUUUGUAGUUAAACAAGACAUAAAUUUAUUUCA